AUCCAAGGAAAAAAUUCAAAAUUGUUCUCUAUCCAAUUUUAUUCCAAACAUCUACAUUGACUAAUCCGAUUGCAUUGAAAAUCGCGCAAGAAUUCAUCACUGGCCAGAUCGAACGGGAAAAAAUAAAAUAAAAGUUAACAAGUGAUCGCCGGAUAGUUGCCGGGAAAUGUCGACAGUAAACCUAAUUGCUAUCAGAGAUGGUGAAAGUAACGGCGGAUUUUACUCUCCGGCGAAAGAAAAAGCCGCCAUUAGAGGCCCUUUUCAACAUCGCUUUUACAUUUUCCGGCGUCUCCGCCAUAUUACUAAGCUCAAGCUCUUUCUUCUCGUAUUAUCUGCAUUAUGCGGCGUCGUUUUUGUCCUCUCCCGAUUCUCUUUUACUUUUGGCUGGAAUCUUCACUCCUUUUCUUCUUCUUUUGCACCUUCUAGAGGUGGAUAUACUGUACUAAUAAACACAUGGAAGCGCAACUAUCUUCUAAAGCAGUCUGUUGCUCAUUAUGCUUCAUGUCAUGGAACUGAUGCAAUACAUGUGGUGUGGAGUGAGAAUGAUCCUCCCUCAAAUAGUUUAAAGGAAUAUAUCGACAACAUUGUGAUAGCGAAGUCCAAAACAGCGCAUAAACCCAAAUUGAAGUUUGAUGUGAAUGAAAAGGAUAAUCUGAACAACAGAUUCAAACCAAUUGAGGACCUGAGGACUGAUGCAAUUUUCUCCGUUGAUGAUGAUGUCAUCGUACCUUGUGGAGCACUAGACUUUGCUUUCACCGUAUGGCAAACUGCUCCAUCAGCAAUGGUGGGUUUUGUCCCUCGCAUGCACCUGCUGGAUGAAAAGAAGGAUACCCAUGCAUCUUAUAAAUAUGGAGGAUGGUGGUCUGUUUGGUGGAUGGGCACUUAUAGUAUGGUUUUGUCAAAAGCAGCAUUUUUUCAUCGGAAGUAUCUUGAUUUGUAUACUUAUCAGAUGCCAGCAUCCAUCCGUGACUAUGUAACAAAUGAGAGGAACUGUGAAGACAUUGCCAUGUCCUUGCUUGUUGCCAACGCCACAGCUGCUCCUCCCAUUUGGGUCAAAGGGAAGAUAUACGAGAUUGGAUCAUCUGGCAUAAGUAGUUUGAAAGAUCACAGUAGCAAGAGACAUAAAUGCCUGAAUGAUUUUGUUUCCCUCUAUGGCGCUCUUCCUCUCGUAUCAGCUAAUGUAAAAGCUGUGGAUUCGAGGAACGAAUGGUUCUGGUAGCUGAUUUUAAGUUUUGAUCCUACUUUAAUACAUUUAAUCUAUAUGGACUGUGAUCUUGAUGCUUGCUCACAUAGUUUGGUCACUAGUCGUAAUUGAGCAUAUUGUAUACAACAGGUUUAAUUACUUCAAAUCACAUAGAACCAACUUUUAAAGAGAGGAGCCUUUUUUUAUUUAUUAAGUGUAAAUCCUGUUGUAUAUGAUAGACCUGUUGGUCGUUGUGUGAUCAUAUUGUAUAAAUGUUGAUGUGAAUAUCUGUAAUGCGACCAUCAUUACACGAGUAAUUAUAAACUUCUGAGAUGUUGAUAGA